AUGCGCAUCACGACAGUCCUCUCCGCGCUGUGCGCCGCCGCCGCCGUGCGCGCCGACCCGCGCACCGCACAAAUAUACAUCCAGCCCAUCCCCUCGUCACCCUCAUCCUCCUCCUCAACCCUCCCGCCGCCCGCGCCGCUCGCCGAAAUCGCCUACGACACGGUCGCCCUAUCAGCCUCGUCCAUCGUCUCGUACGACGCGCCCGAGAUCCCCGACGAGGCGGCGCUCGUGCGCAUCGGGCUCUACGACGCCAAGUCGCGCAGCUGGAUCUCCGGCACGACGGUCGCGUCGGCCGAGAACUUCGCCAAGGGGUACAGCCCCAACAUCGUGGUCACGGUGGACGCCGCGACGGCGGCUGCGGGCGGCGCCGGCGGCGAGGUGGUGAGCGUGUCGUGCAAGGGCGUGGCCAUUGACGCCGGCCAGACGAGGGACUUUGGCCCGCAGGUCGUGGUGAUUCCGCAGGCCCGCGGCGCGCAGCCGACGCUCAACAAGCCCGUCGUGCUGUCGCGCGAGGGCAAGACCGUCGAGCCGGAGCAGGAGAAGACGUUUUUGCAAAAGUACUGGUGGAUGAUUGGCAUUGCGGUGUUUAUCGCGAUGAGCGGAGGCGGCGGCGAGAAAUAG